ACGUCACGCAGCGGCCUCUCUUCCGGGUGUGUUUCUCGCUCGGAGGUCUCCGGUAAUAACUCUCCUUCUUGUCUCCGCGUCGAUUAAAAACACCUCAUUUCGCCGACAUGAACCGCAUAUUUGGCAGCGGGAAACCCAAAGCUCCUCCGCCGAACCUCUCCGACUGCAUAGGGAAUGUUGAUUCUCGGUCAGAGUCCAUUGACAAGAAGAUCGCCAGACUAGAUGCAGAGCUUGUGAAAUACAAGGAUCAGAUGAAGAAGAUGAGAGAUGGACCCUCAAAGAACAUGGUCAAGCAAAAGGCUAUGAGAGUCCUGAAGCAAAAGAGAAUGUACGAGGGCCAGAGAGAUAACCUCAUGCAGCAGUCGUUCAACAUGGAACAAGCCAACUACACAAUCCAGAGCCUUAAAGACACUAAAACCACAGUUGAUGCCAUGAAAACUGGCCUCAAAGAAAUGAAGAAGGCAUACAAGAACGUGAAAAUUGAUAAGAUUGAGGAUAUUCAGGAUCAGCUGGAGGACAUGAUGGAGGAUGCCAACGAUAUCCAGGAGGCAAUGGGCAGAAGCUACGGUACCCCGGAAAUUGAUGACGAUGACUUGGAAGCGGAGCUGGAUGCUCUGGGAGACGAGCUCCUGAUGGAUGACGACAGCUCCUACCUGGAUGAGGCUUCAACAGCUCCUUCCAUCCCAGAGGGUCUGCCUGCAGACAGAUCCAACAGGGACGGUGUUCUGGUGGACGAGUUUGGCCUUCCUCAGAUUCCCGCUACAUAAAAGGAGCGAUGAGACCACCAACGCUGUUUUUACAUGUAUCAUAGCCUUUUUUCUAUUUAUCCAACUGACACUCCCAGGCUUAGACGGUUAGUAAAUCAAAGCAUCUUCUGUCCAAAGAAUGGUUGAGUGAUUCGUUUAAAAUCAGACAUCUUUCAUUAAAGGUUUUAUUAUUCUAUAAGUGAGCUAAUGUCAUAUAUAUCUGAAGUGAUUGUUGGAAUCGGGAUUCUCUUAACUUUGUACAGUUUCUGCAGCGUUGAGUUGCUAAGAACUAAAUAAAUUAUAUUUUUCAAAUGAUGAAAUAAAAACUU